AGCUUGAGUCUCUUAAGCUGCAUAAGCCCCUUUCUCAUUCUCAGACACCAAAAUGUACUCUGAAAAGGUUGAGCUUGUAUCAGAAUGUUUUAUCAGACCAUCCCAUCUGCCCGAAAAGGCGAAAAAACCGUAUCAUUUAGGGCCAUUUGACCUUGCCAUGCUCUCAGUUCAUUACAUCCAAAAGGGUCUUUUGUUUAAGAAACCUGCAGUGACAAAUGAUCAAGAAGAUCCAGUUGAGGCCCUUCUGCAGAAGCUUAAAAAAUCUAUUUCUGUUACUCUUUCGCAUUUUUAUCCCCUUGCAGGUCGCCUUGCCACAAAAAAAGAAGAAUCACCGCAGUCUUAUGUGGUGUUUAUAGAUUGUGUUAAUAGCCCUGGUGCUAGAUUUGUCCACGCGAAAUUGGACUUGACAAUUUCUGAUAUUCUGUCACCAAAUUAUGUUCCUUUAGUCGUUCAAUCAUUUUUUGAUCAUGACAGGGCUAUUAAUCAUGAUGGUCACAAGGUGUCAUUGUUAACAAUUCAAGUCACCGAGCUAAAAGAUGGCGUUUUCAUUGGAUGCUCGCUUAACCACUCUGUCGUUGAUGGUACCUCUUACUGGCAUUUUUUCAACACUUUAUCAGAAGUUUUUAUGAAAGAUAUUCCUGAUGAGGGCUCAGAAAUCUCGCGGCCACCUAUUCAUGAACGCUGGUUUCCUGACGGAUAUGGACCUGUUUUUAGCCUCCCCUUCACUCACACUGAUCAAUUCAUUAGCAGGCACGAUGCCCCGGAGCUUAAAGAAAGAGUCUUCCAUUUCUCAGCCGCAGCCUUGGCCAGGCUCAAAGCCAAGGCCAACGCCAAUUGCAUUGACAAAAGCAUCACAAUUUCAAGUCUACAGGCCUUGUCUGCCUUAAUGUGGCGAUGUAUGACUCGUGUCCGGGGCUUACCACAUGAUCAGAUCACGGGUUGUAAACUGGCAAUGAAUAACAGGCCAAGAUUGCAUCCUCCAUUGUCACAGAAUUACUUUGGAAACUGUAUCCAGGCGGUGAGAGCUACGACUACAGCAGGAAACCUGCUGGCAAACGAUUUCGAGUGGGCUGCUCUGCUAGUGCACAAAACUGUAGCUGCACAAGAUGAUAAGGCAUUGAACAAGUUCAUAUCAGAUUGGCUGCAGAAGCCCUCGGUGUAUCAACUCGGGCAAUUCUUUGAUCCGUGCAGCAUUAUGAUGGGGAGUUCACCGCGGUUUGACAUGUAUGGAAAUGAAUUCGGACUGGGAAAAGCUGUGGCGAUUCGGAGUGGAUAUGCUAAUAAGUUUGAUGGAAAAGUUUCAUUGUAUCCGGGGCAUGAAGGCGGAGGAAGCAUGGAUCUUGAAAUUUGCUUGCUUCCGCAUUUGAUGACCGCUUUCGAAUGUGAUGAGGAGUUCUUGGAUGGUCUUAAUCUCUCUGGCUAAUUGUACUGGUUUCGGUUGGUACUUGUUCUAACAAUAAUUCUCGGGUUAAGCGAGAGUCGAAACAUAUGUUGGUAACGAAAUUUGUAAUGUAUUUCUUUGACUUAUUAUGGCAGUUCUGUUUUGAUA